AUGGAAUAUUUAGAAGAUAUUGAUCGUCAAAUAGAGUUAAUUAAUGCAGAAUUAGAAACGGCUGAUCCAAACAGUUGCGAGGAUUUAAAAGAGAAGAUAACAAAUAUCCAAAUAAAAUUGAAUCAAAAAGUGGAAGAGAUCUCGAAAUAUGAUGUUGAAAGGUAUUCUCAUACUAUAAAUAAAUUAACUACUAAGUUAUAUUCAAGAAAUAAUACAAAUAAUUCUACGUUAAAUAAACCCAAGAAAUUUCAAUUUAAUAGAAAUAGAAAUAAAGAUGCAAUCCAGACUGAAAUACAAGAUUCGUCUGAUAAGGUAUUUAAUGAAGCUAAUAAUACAAAUAUUUUGGCAAGACAAACUAUAAGGAUGGAUAAUAAACUUGCAACUGUAUCUAAUUUAGAAUACUGUACUAUUAUGGUGGAUUCUAACUAUUCAAAAAAACCAACAGGCUCUAUAACAUUCUCUAACAUUAAAAAAUCAAUAAUUUAUUCAAGAGACAUCCUCUUUGAGUCAGGUAGUAUCUUUUUCAAUGAUUGCAAAGAAUGUAUUAUCUUACUUGAAUUAUCAUCAAAAAAUCGAACCCAACUUCGGCUGCACAAUUUAAUUGGAUGUAAAAUAUAUUUUAAGAGUAAUGAUAAACAAACUAUAAUCAUAGAAGAUUGUAAAAAUUGUGUAUUUCAUAAUGAUACUGAAGGACAUUUAGAUGUCAAAGAUUUUAAUAAUUUAGGUUUAAGUAUUGAUGAUUUAGCAUUUAAAAAUUAUGAUUUCGAGGAAUUUGAAAUCGAGAAUUGGGAUAUUGAGAAAUUAAAGAAAAGAUAUAUAAUUCAAUAA